AUUUUGGUUUUCGAUGUAAACAACGAUUGCGUGAAUCGUUUGGUGUCCUCACGAAUGAUGUCUUCGCACGAGUCGUGAGAUGUCUGGCGAGGACUCCGGUGUCGACGCCGGCAGUAAUGCGUCCGACGAUAGCGUCGGCAUGUCUUUGGCCUCUUCGGAGAGCGACUACAGCAGGGAUGAGGUGUUCGUCGACCACAACGACAACCACGAAGACGUCGUCGUCAUCGAUGUCAACAUAAAUCCAGUCAAUGAUAACCACAACAGAAAUAGUGCCGAAGACUCGGGAGAUAAUUGUCCGCAAAAUGACUUCGAGGCGUCGAUGUAUGGGCCGACCUCUUCCAUGUCACCCAUGGUCUCGAUGGCCACCACGUCGUCGGCCGCCUCAUCAUCGCUGAUGACAAUGCCGUCGACCAGUUCUCACUGUCAUUACGACAGCCUGUGCUCGACCUCCACUUCCGGCCAUCGAUUGUUCCACGCAUUCGACAAUCGAUUGGACCAUAACUUCGAUACAAAAAGUGAUAAUCAGUUGAUAGGAGUUCCCAAUGAUUACAACUACAACACCGAAGAACAGCACGAGUUUUGUCCCAAAAUGAAGUCUUUUCGGCCAAAGAGUCACGACAUUAAGCGAAAGCAUAUCUUCAAAGACAUCGCAGGGGAACGACUGCUGAGGAAAGCCUCCAAUUCUAAUGACUUGGAAUGCGUUCAACGACUACUUGCCGAAGGAAUAGAUCCGCAAUCUUGUGAUGAGAGGAACCGAACGGCGCUCCACUUCGCCGCCUGUAAGGGAAACACACAAAUCGCGCGGCUGUUGUUAGAGAAGGGCGCGAACCCUAACCAGAAGGACAUAGUGGGCAACACAGCCCUACAUCUGGCCGCCUGUACCAACAACAUGGAGGUGAUCACACUGAAAGCCUCCAAUUCUAAUGACUUGGAAUGCGUUCAACGACUACUCGCCGAAGGAAUAGAUCCGCAAUCGUGUGAUGAGAGGAACCGAACGGCGCUCCACUUCGCCGCCUGUAAGGGAAACACACAAAUCGGUCUCGCUGGACAACUCGGGCCGAACGCCCCUCCAUUUGGCGCAAUCCAAGCUUAAGAUGAUUCAGUCGAUGCAACGCUCAGACGCCUCAAUCAAUUCCAACCAAUUGAAGUCAGAAGUGCUGCAAGUGUUGCAUAUGAUGUCCAUCUACUGGCACCGGUCCGGCAAGAAUGCGGAGCUCGAACUCCUCACCACUUUCACCAAUCGCUUGCAUUUGUCCCAAACCACUGAAGAAGUGAGUGAUG